AUGUUCGUCAAACAGGCCACCGUGUCCGCACCGGUCAACAUCGCUUGUAUCAAAUACUGGGGAAAGCGCAAUGAAUCACUGAUUCUACCCACUAACCCAUCCUUAUCGGUCACGCUAAGCCAGGAUCAUCUCUGCUCCACCACUACAUCUCGCACAUGUGCGGAAUACGAGGAAAACUUAUUAUGGCUCAAUGGAAAAGAAGUAAAGAUUGAUAAUGACAAACGCUUGAACACGUGUCUUCAAGCUAUGAGGAAGCAACGGGAACGCUAUGAAGCUAAAUAUCCUAAUGAACCAAAGAUAUCCCAAUGGAAGGUCCACAUCUGCUCGGAGAACAAUUUCCCAACUGCUGCUGGGUUGGCUUCUUCCGCAUCAGGUUUCGCAGCCUUGGCCUACUCCCUCGCUCAUCUCUACGAUCUACCUCUCUCUGAUCCUGCCGACAUCUCCGAUCUCUCCCUAAAUGCACGUCAGGGUUCCGGUUCUGCUUGUCGUUCCCUUUUCGGAGGUUUUGUAGAGUGGCAAAUGGGCAGAGAUGACCUUCUCGGAUCCGAUUCGCGUGCCGUGCAGGUCGCGGAUCACACGUUCUGGCCAGAGAUACAUGCCCUUAUCUGCAUUGUCUCCGACGACAAGAAGGGCACGUCUUCCACUGCUGGCAUGCAGCGCACUGUGGAGACAUCAGCGCUCUUCCGAUACCGAAUCCAGCACGUCGAGGAACAGCUGGUGGACAUCAAGCAGGCCAUCCUGAAAAAGGAUUUCGAUACCUUUGCGAAAAUCACGAUGCAAGACUCUAAUCAAUUUCACGCUGUCGCCCUUGACACGGAUCCCCCGAUCUUCUACAUGAACGACGUCAGUCGUGCGAUCAUCGGCGUGGUGACCGAGUACAAUCGCGUUUCCAUCGCUGCAGGUGGAAAGCGCAAAGCAGCAUACACUUUUGACGCUGGGCCGAACGCCGUCAUUUAUGCACCCGGAGAGAAUAUGAAGGAGAUCAUCGGCAUGAUCAUCCAAUAUUUCCCUCAACCAGAGCCUUUCAAGGAUCCUUUCCUUAACGAGGUCAUUGAGGGCACUCUUGUGCCUGGCUUCAACUCGGCAGUCGCGAAGCGACAUGAAGUCGGUGCCGUGAAAGGACUCAUUCACACCUGUGUUGGCGAUGGCCCGAGGGUCCUGGGUGACGAACACGCCCUGUUCGAUGCCAACGGCAAGCCCAAACAGAAGAGCAACUAA